GGGCAAUUACGUCUCAACCAGUCUGACUACAGUGAGCAUAUUGGCAUAGAUAUUGACCCGGACAACAGGCUUUCGACCAUGAAUAACAAUAAAGAAGGAAUCGACAAAAAAUGGAACUAUAAUGCAAGCUCUCUUGUCUCUUGAGUCCUGAGCGACGUGUUUUGCGCUCGAGGUGUCCGAGACAGCAAUGCCACGAGCUAAACUGAAGGGCCACUGGCCCUCAGCGCCUAGCCGCAAUUAGGAGGAGCUGUUCCUGAGCGACGAAUGCCGAUUUUAGUGAGCGCGCUGGUGUUAGUGCUGGCUGUCCAAUCGACUGCAGCAGCAGACAGCAGCAGUCAGACAGAAUGUGGCAUUGGCGGCUACGUCUUCUUCCCCGGCUAUUCGACACAGGGUGGCUUGGGCACAUGGCCCGCACUCGGUGACUGGAAGGCUACUCGUGAGCUCGCAAAGGCACAAUGUGACUCUAUGGAGAACUGCUUGGGUUUCACGGAUACUGCGGAGCUGAAGGGCGUCCUCAGGCCAGUUCAGCGGUGGGCGUGGAGUGGCGAAGACUGGUCUUCCACCGUGUCGCCAUGCCGCGGCACGUACGUCAAGUCAGACGUCGCAGCGCGCAGCAUACCCCCAGCCGCAGCCUCGGCGGCACGCGCCGCCGCCCUCGCCAUCAGCGCCGCCGCCAACAGCAGUAGCGGCAGCCUUGACGGCGCGUCCGCCACAGCCUCUGAAUCUGCCUCCAGCAGCUUCGCCGCGGCGGUGCAGGGCGGCGAGGGCUGCCUGGACCCCUCCCUGCUGAUACCCGGCUUUCGCUUCUUCCCGCACCGCUACCUGGACGAAGCCACCGGAGCCACGUCUGCAGCCAUGGCAGCGGCGCUGCCCAUGACGGGUUUCAUCCUGGACGGCAUGACAGCCGUGCAGCUGCAGGUGUUUGCGGCCGUGUGUUACCGCUGCAGCUGGUGCUUCGCAUUCGACACCACCGGCCGCGUGUGGGGAGAUGUGACCAAGCUGGCGCUGUAUGCGGAGCUGCUGCGGCAACAGAGCCCGCAGUGGAAGCCCAGCGACGUGCGGCAGCGUGGCGUGUGUGGCGGCACCUUCCUGCAGGUGCCUCCCGCGAACGCAUACGGCUGCAGCUCGCAUUCCGACUUUGCGUUGUACCCCGGCUACUACCCCGCCGUACAACCUUACGCUGCCGUACGGCCUGGAUCCAGCCUGGACGACUUGCUGGCCACGUGCACGGCAGCCGCCGGUGCCGGCGCCGGUGCCAGCAAUAGCAAUAGCGACAGCAACAGCGGUAGCACCGAUGACGUCGCCACCAGUCUCACCAUCACCUCGAUUGGCAGCUCGAACGCAAGCACUAGCACCACCAGCAGCAUUGGCAGCACCAGUACAGGUGCGAGCCGCUGCUACGCGGCCCAGUACCCGGAGCUGGUGCUGGCGGGUGCGGCGCCGGUGCGGCCGCUGCUGGACGACGGGCCGCCGCCGUCCGCGGAGACGUGCGGGGGCACCUACCUGCGGCUGCCACCCGCCUACAUUGAGAUGCUGGGCUUCCACAGUACCACGGUGUUCGCGGAGACCUACCCCUCCGCCUCCGCCUCCGCGCUGUCCUUCUCCGGGCUGCGGCUGGCCUUCACCGCCUCGGCCCCACUGGACGCGGCGCGGCCGCUGCCCGGCUGCGCCGCUGGCGACACCAGCUGCAGCCUGAUUGUGAUGGUCACCAUGACGCUCACGAGCACCGUGGUGCUGCCCAACACAACCGCGGCCGCCGCGGCGCAGCUUUCCGCCGGCGGCACCAGCAGCAGCACCACCGCCACUAUCAGCGGCGCCACUAGCAACGGCGGUGCUGACGCCGGCAGCCUGGCGGCUGUGGCCGCGGCGGCGCACUCUUACGGCUCGCUACGGUUCCAGGUGGUGCGGCGGGAUGGCGGUGGCGCUGCCUUCGAGUGGCGGCUGGCGGCGCCGCGCUCCAGCGGGCGCACAACCAGCCAAAUCAUGAUGUACGCCGUGCCCAUCCACAGCCGUGACGACGUGGUCCUUGUGUCGGCACGGAACGAGCCCGGCUACAGCAGCCUAGGCGCCAUCCUCGCGUUCAACGUCAUCGUGCGCUACGCGCUUCCGGCACCGCCGUCGCCCGCGCCAUCGUCAUUGGACACGGGCGCAGGGGCCGGCGCGGGCGGGGGUGGGGUGGCGCCGGGGGCGCAGCAGGAGCAUCACCAGCGUGUGCAGGUGGCGCUGCUGGUGGGCACGGUGGUGGGCGGCGGGGUGGCGCUGGCGGCGCUUGGCGUGCUGGUGUUCAUGUUCGUGCGGCGCGUGCGGCGCCGGCGGCUGCGCUACAUUCAGCCUGAGAAGCCGGAGACAGGGCACCCAACCCGUAUGGGCCUGGUGUUUGGGGGCUCCGGUGACGGCGCGAUGGGCUGUGGUGACGGAAGCGACACCUGCGGCGCGGCCGGCGGCGGCAGCGGGGCUGGGAGCAAGGCAGGCGGCAGCAGCGAGGCCUGGGACGCUGUGUGCGGCAAGCUGACCGCAGAAGCGGCGGUAGCUUCUGGCGUGGCGGGUGCGGUGGGCGUGGUGGCAGGGGCGGAGGUGCAGGGCCAUCAAAGCCUGUCCAGUUUGGCAAUCCUGCCCGUGGUGUUUGGCGGUGCCGCAUUGGGCAGGCAGCAGCACCGCCGCGACAUCCCGGCGGUGCUCAAGAGUGGCGGCGCCGCUGCGCCGACAGGCCACGUGCCAGCAGCAGCCCACGGCAAGCAGGCAGGGAGCAGGCCGAUGACAAUCUGUAGCGCCAGCGGCACAGGCAGCGGCCAGUGCGGCGUUCAGCCCUCCACGCCGCUCCGGAGCCCGUUGUGGUGCUUCGGCGGCGCCCCCAGUGCGUCCCUUGCAGGGCCCGCGUUCGCCGGUGCCGGUUGCGGGUCGUGGAGGUGCUCCGGCGGCGGCAGUCGUCGUGCUGUGCGGCCGGAGCUGUCAGGCAGUCGCACAGGCGAAACGGUCGUUGCAGAUGAGGUGCCUGCAGCUGCCCCGCAGCGCUGCCUGCCGUCGAUGUCAAGUUUGAUGUCGCGGCGUGUCGGCACGACAGUGGCUGCUGCAAAGGGCCCCGCACCGCAGACCCAGAUGACUGGCCCGCAACCAGCGCUCGCAGCAGUGGGCUUAAUUGUGGACGCGCCAGAGGCAUCGCCGCACGCGAUGGCGACAGCGACGGCGCAGGCGCAGGAGCAUGCCAGGGCAGAACAGGCAGCGGGCCUCCUGGAGGCGGUAAUCCUCACCGCGGACGGCGACCCAGUAGAGGGGCUGGGGCAUCACGCGCCAACAACAUUACCACUAGAGCCGCAGCCGCACAGAGCGGCCACGGCAUCUGGGUCGAGUGCAGACACGUGCGCCGCGCCGUCACUUGUGGAGCCGGCCCCCGGCCCAUCAUCACGAGCCGCGUACGACCGGGCGUGUACCAUCGCCGCUAUGCUCGACUCUGCUGCGCCUGCAAGUCACGCCAGCGCCGCUGCAGGCAGCGGUGCCACGCUCAGCCUGUCAGGAGGGCGCGAGGGCACCGCCGCGGGGCCUCUGGCCCCAUCCGUCUCGCAUGUGCAGUGCAAUGCAGCGCUAGCGGCACCUGCGACGCGCUGUGCAAGCGACGUGGUAGUCGGCACCACGCCUCGGGCUCUGCCGCUAAGCAGCUGUGCAGAUGCAUCCGCUUGCGGGCCGCCGGCAGCGCACAGCGCCGUGGCACCCACGUCUGUCGACGACCGCUUCUCGGCGUCACUGCAAGGGCUGGACCUGCGAGCCCUGCACUUGCAGGAAAGCAGUUUUGCCAGCACCAGCGUCGGAGGAGGCUCCUGUGCGGCAGUUGCGGCCACCUCGGCUAUGGGCACGCAGGCUGUCGCGCUCAUGCUCGCGCGGGCGCCUGGCAGCAGCAGCAGCAGCAGCCGACAGCCUCAACGCUGCUCGUCACCGGGGUCGUCACUGCCGGUCCCCGUCUACGGAGCAGCUAUUGGCAACUGCGCUGAGGUUGCGCCUGGCAGCCCCGCACUGAGGACUCGAUGUGGGAGCCCCAGCAGCCUCGGCGGGAUGACCAGCGGCCCCGCAGACGGCGAGGCACACAGAACCGGCUGCACGACGAAGAUCGGCCAGCAGGUGCGAGUGGCCGCGGCCACCGCCGCUGUCGCUGGCGCAGCCGCCGCAGCCGCCACCUCCUCGCCUCGCGUCAGGGCAGCUUUCGUUGCGUCAGAGCUCUGCCGCACGGACGGUCCCGGUCGCACUGCAGCGGCCACAGCAGCUGCGGCAACUUCCGAGGCGCCUGGGGGACCGCAGCUGCAGCCGCCCCGGCUCACGUGCCUCCCGGGCCGGGCCGUGGACACACACGCGCCCUCGCCGGCUGAGGCGCCAGCAGAUGCCGGUGCUGGUGCAGCGAGUGCGGGCGAUGCAGCAGGCUCUGGGGCUGGGGAUGCCCGCGCCGAGCGGUUGGACCGGCAAGCCGGCGAGGGUGCGGGCGACGAUGCCAGCGAGGCUGGGCCCGAGGAGGGUGAACGCACCUCGGCUGGGUCUGGCACGUCCUCCUUCCACACCGCCACUGGCGGCUGGUCGCCUGCCUCCGGCUCGCAACUUGCGGUCGUGGACGAGGCACCGGUCACGUCUGCUGACUGCACUGCUGCUCCAGCGGCCCCCAGGGCUGGCGUCGGCGCUGGUGUUGAUGCUGCGGCUGCGGCUGCUGAAGUCACCAGCGCAAGUCCUGAAGCUCAAGCUGCGUUGAGACAGGGCCCGGUUGCGCCGGCGGCAGCUGUGCCCGCUCACAGGUCGUCAGGGCCAGGGCUCCCGUUGCCGCCACCUGCCAUGACUGCCGCUGGCUCCGCCGCGGGAACGCACGUGCUCUUUACGGGGCCGGUGAACUUCCCCUCUCUGGCCGCGCAGCAGUACCAGCACCCGCACCCUUACCCUCACUCACACGCCGCGCACUUGCAGCAGCUGCUGGCCCGGCAGCAGCAGCAGUGGGCUGGCCCGGGCGGUGGGCAGCCGCUGCCGCCCAUUCCUUCCUCUCAGAUUGCACCAGGCGGGGGCACGGAAGCGGCAGCGAGCAUGCGCGCGGGAGCGCCCGGCGCAGGCACCAGCGGCCCAGCGGGGUCACGCCCCGCACCGCCGGUGAGGCGCGCGAGUGCCGCCGGCGCGUACGCGUUCAUGGCCAGCGCGCUCGGGCAGGCUGUGGCGGCUGUGAUGGGUGGCGGCAGCGGCAAGUCUUCCGGCGCCACCACGCCCCGCGGCCCCGCCGCUGGCGCCCCCAUGGCCAUUGACUCGCCGGCGGCGGCUGUCGGCGGCGGCACCACGGGCGUGUCGUCGCAGUUUGAGCGGAGUGGCUCGCAUCAGAAUCUGGUGCUGCCGCUGGAGCCCGGCCGCGGCCCGGAUGCGGCGGCCGCGGCGGCUGCGGCGGCGGCGCUCGGCCGCCACAACCCGGCCGCGGCUGCUGGCGGCGGCAGCGGCUGCGCCUCGGGCCGGGUCAGCGGCUGCGGCGGCGUGGGCCCGGCCGGGUUCGGCAGCGGCCCCAACCCGGCCACCCACAACGCUCAUCCCAACGUCGCGCCCUCGGAUGCCUGGUUCCGCAGCCUCAACGGCAGCAUGGGCAUCCUGGGCGGAGCGCAGCUGUGGCCGGCGGCCGGCGCGGCCGGCCAGGCCGUGCUACCCGCGCCACCCUCGGCAGCUGCGGCGGCAACGGCAGGGCCGCCGCCGCCUAUCAUGCUGAAUGGCGCGGGGCCUGGCAGUGCGGGUGUGGCGGGAAUGCCGGCAAUGGCCUCGCCUGGCAGCGCAGGCGGAUACAGCAUGUACGGUAUGUAUGGCUACUACGCGCUUGGCGCGGGCAGCGCCGGCGGCUCAUCGUGCUCUGCCAGCCUGCCGGCGGGUGGGCCGGGGUCGACAGCGAGCAACGCGGGCGGCUACAACAGCGGCAGCGUGUGGGGCGGAGCCGGAGGCGGCGGCGCAGGUGCAGGCGUCUACGGCGGCGCUGGCCUGGGAGCCGGUGUUGUCGGCAGCGGCUGGGAGGGCGGUGACGAACGAGCCAACAACCCGCUGCUGCAGGUGGUAGUGGGCGACGUGCCGCCGCUGGAGGACGUGGACCUGCGCAUCGCGCCCGAGGACCUGCAGCUGGUGGCGCUCAUAGGCAAGGGAGCCUGCGGCGAGGUGUAUCACGCGCUGUGGGGCGGCCGGGACGUGGCGGUGAAGAAGCUGCUGGACAGCUGCCCGCCCAACCUGCAGCCGCAAGAAAUGCGGACGCUGCUGCAGGAGAUGGCCAUUCUCACUCGGUCGAGGCACCCCAACAUCGUGCGCUGCUAUGGCGGCUGCCUCAGCCCGCCACAGGUGUUUCUGGUGGAGGAGCUUCUGGUGUGCUCCCUGCACGACUUCAUCUACCACCCGCACGGCGACCGCUCCGUGCUCAAGCUGCUGGGUCUGGCACGCGACGUGGCACUGGGCCUGGCGUACCUGCACCCUACCAUCCUGCACCGUGAUCUCAAGCCCUCCAACAUUCUGCUCGACAUGUCCGGCCGAGCCAAGAUCGCAGACUUUGGCCUGGCCCGCUACAAGCUCCGCAGCAAGCUGUCCACGCACACCAUCGAGGCUGGCACCACGCCGUACCUGCCGCCGGAGGUGUUUGACCAGCGCGUCAAGCACCUGACCGACCGCUCCGACGUGUACUCCCUGGGCAUGGUGUUCUGGGAGCUGUUCAUGCGCCAGCCGCCCUGGCACAACAUGCGCGACGUCGCAAUCGCCUACCACGUGCACGUCAACAGGGCCCGGCCGGCGCUGCCGUCGCGCGACCGCUGCCCGCCGCGCGUGGCUCGCCUCAUCCAGGCAUGCUGGGCGCAGAGGCCUCGCGACCGGCCCAGCGCGGCCGAGGUGGUCAAGGAGCUGACCCUGACGAUUACGCAGCUGGAGAUGCAGCAGCCGCAGCAGCAGCAGCAGCGGUAGGGGCGGUGGGGUGGGGCCGCGGGAGCAGCUGCAGGCUCCAAGCAAUGAUGGCGGGGUGGUAUUUGCGUACCUGAGGCGCGGAGGAAGUGACACUUGAACACAUGCGUGCGCAUCGCAGCUGGUGAAUGCAUUUGAAAGGGCGCGUGUUGUGCUGGAUGGCAUUAGGGUUUUAUGGCAGGCGGGUUAUGUGUUUGGGGUAUGGCUGGCAAACGUCAUGAAUCAAUAAUAAACAACAAAGGGGUUGGCGCUGCAGCGAUUGCUCGUGACCAGUCCCGUACAAGGCACCGAUAUGGCUCCGACACUGGAGCACUUGGCACGCGCAUUUGCGUAGAGGCCUCGAGGCCGGGCACGAAGCGCCGGUCGCUCGAGUUGCAGGCGUGGGCUUUUCCAAAUGCUUCGGAUGCACUUGCCAUACUGGCCGGGGCCUGUCGCCUGUCGUACAUUGCCCCCCAUGUAUCGAUUUAUAGCAGUUGACGUGCCGCGGUAUCUUGUGCGAGUGUGCAACUGGUGGCAAGGGCGGGAUGAGUUUGUUUGAGCAGUUUAUGAGCUGUUUGCAUAUAUAUAGUAUGUGGCAACCCUUGUGGUGGUUGGGAGAUGCCGAAUCGUGGCAGACACAACGCGCAGGGUGUGUGUGGCGGCGGGUAAGGGGGGUUACUUUGGAGUAGUCGCACCGAGAUGCGGUACUUGGGCUGACUUGGGAUCUGCAAAGAGGUACGCGUACACCACACAGUUGCCGCCUUACAGGAUGAUUUGAUGGGAUUUGACUUGCACUUAUGGGAACUUCUUACAGUUGGACCGCAUGCAGCAGAGCAGGAUGGGCGCGACGCCAAUUCAGCGGCGAACAUAUGGCACGCGCUGAUGGAGAUGCUGCUUGGUAGAGCGCGGCCUGCGGCCCUGCGCCGUGGCGGCGGCGAUGGUGGCGGCGACGGCGGCGGCGCAGGGCCCAGCGGUGGUGCAGGGCCUGGCAACUGCGGCGGCGGCGCAAGGCGCAAUGGUGGGUUAGGACCUGGCGGCAGUGGCAGCGGCGGCGCUGGAAUUCGCGGCAGCGCCGGCGGCGGCGCAGGGCCUUGCGGCGGCGGCAGCGGCCUUGGGCCCAGCCGUGGCAGCGUGCAUGUGUGUAGUGGACGGGGCAGGCAAGGCCAUACAUGGAGGAGGCGAGCGCGGUGCCGCCCAAGAAGUGGCGCCAGUGCGCAGGUUGAGUCCCGGCCGGUUUCUGGUUAGCAGCCUUUGCUGGCGAGCAGAGCAUGGCACGGUGUGUGGUAGGCCGCAGGCCCGCAGCAGUGAGGAGUGGUGUGGCUAGAGGAUUUCCUGCUCGCUGUUGGGUUUUGUUGCCUGCUGUGCUUGUGCUUGGCAGCGGGGCGCGGCUCGACGCAUGGCGGGCAGAGCCUGUACGAACCGCCCCCGGCUAUGUCCGGGAGAUUAGGUGGAUGCUUGCUCCCUCAGACUAGAGACGUGGCGUGGGCGCAGCCCGCUCUUCCAUUGACAGGGAGAACCAAUUUCUUGUCCACUUCUACGGUUUGCUGAUUGCAGUGUCGAUUACGGUAUAAGGGGCUGGCGGUGUUUGGGACUUAUGGGAACACUU